UUCCGUUUUUCCCGGUGUAGAGUGGAGCAAGCUAUUUUGGCUGCUGCAGGCAGUGGCAGGAUGACAUAGGGGAGACUUUACCGGUCUGCAGCUAAAGCGUGGAGGAACUGCACCUUAGACCAGAGAUUUGAGGACACAGGAUACCAGGGUGAAUCGCCAUGACGACAGAACCAAAUUCAGAGUCUAGCGCGGACCAGCAGGAGGCCAGUGCGGCUCCGCCACUGGAGGCGGACUCUUUUCCCCCGGCUGCCGCCCACAGCACGCCUGUCAGGAAAGAGCAGAACGGCGACGAGAGAGCGGAGGGAGGCGUGGUCCCACAGGGGAAUCAGCUGGAGCCAUCGCAGGCGGAGGAGGACAGGACCUCGUACAGGUCGUCCACCAGUAAGCUGUCCAGGUCUCCCGGUGGAGGACGGAGUGUCCGCAGCUCCAGGAACAUGCAGUGCAAGGUCACCCUGCUUGAUGGCUCCGCCUACACCUGCAUGGUGGAGAAACGGGAGAGAGGCCAUGUGUUAUUUGACAAAGUGUGUGAGCAGCUCAACCUCCUGGAAAAGGACUACUUUGGCAUCACAUUCCGGGACAUCGAAAACCAAAAGAACUGGUUAGACCAAUCCAAGGAGAUGAAGAAACAGAUCAGAGGAGCCGCCUGGAAUUUUUCAUUCAAUGUGAAGUUCUACCCUCCAGACCCUGCCCAGCUGUCUGAGGAUAUUACAAGAUAUUACCUGUGCCUCCAGUUGAGGGAUGACGUGGUGUCUGGGCGUCUGCCAUGCUCUUUCGCCACCCACACGGUGCUGGGAUCCUACACGGUUCAAUCAGAGUUGGGGGACUACGAUCUCGAGGAGUCUGGGACGGACUACGUCAGCGAGUUCCGCUUCGCCCCCAACCAGACCAAGGAGCUGGAGGAGAAGGUCAUGGACCUGCACAAGAACUACAAAGGAAUGACGCCAGCUGACGCUGAGAUGCACUUCCUGGAAAACGUGAAGAAGCUGUCCAUGUACGGAGUUGACCUGCACCAUGCCAAGGAUUCUGAGGGUGUUGAGAUCAUGUUGGGCGUGUGCUCUAGCGGUCUUCUGAUCUACCGUGACCGCCUGCGCAUCAACAGGUUCGCCUGGCCCAAGGUCCUCAAGAUUUCCUAUAAAAGGAAUAAUUUCUACAUCAAAAUACGCCCCGGAGAGUUUGAGCAGUUUGAAAGCACCAUCGGGUUCAAGCUCCCCAACCAUCGGGCGGCCAAGAGACUAUGGAAAGUCUGCGUGGAGCACCACACCUUUUUCAGGUUGGUGUCUCCAGAAACUCCCCCCAAGAAGUUCCUAAAUCUGGGCUCUAAGUUCCGAUACAGUGGGAGAACCCAGGCCCAGACGCGACGAGCCAGCUCCCAGAUCGUCCGUCCGGCGCCCCGCUUCGAGCGCUCCACCAGCAAGCGCUACAUCAUGUCGCGCAGCCUGGACGGAGCUCCGCAGAGUACACCCAAAAGGAGUUCACCCAAAAGGAGUUCACCCAAUAGGAGUUCACCCAAUAGGAGUUCACCCAAUAGGAGUUCACCCAAUAGGAGUUCACCCACAAGGAGUUCACCCAAAAGGAGUUCACCCAAAAGGAGUUCACCCAAAAGGAGUUCACCCAAUAGGAGUUCACCCAAUAGGAGUUCACCCGAAAGGAGUUCACCCAAAAGGAGUUCACCCAAAAGGAGUUCACCCAAAAGGAGUUCACCCAAAAGGAAUACCCCCCAGUCUGUAUCCCCGAGAAUUGAACCAACUGCUAGUUUUAACGUCGCUAAACCAACAGAGAUGGGCUCGGACCUAUACGGAAGGGCGAAGGGCAUCGCCAUGAGCGACCUCAUCACCACCGUGACACCGGAGAAAAGGGUGGAGGAGAGGAAGGCAGAGGAAGAGGUGGAAGUAAAGGUGGAGGUAGAGGUGGAAGUAGAGGUGGAAGUAGAGGUGGAAGUAGAGGUGGAGGUGGAGGAGGAUGAGACCACGAAAGCCACCGAGAUCUCUCUACCAAGUCCAACCUCUCCCAUUCGACACGACACCAAGACUGAACUGACUGACGCUGGUGUUGAUGGUGAACUGACAGCCACGGAGUCGGACCAGGAAGAUGAGUCCGAGUUAAAGACACAGGUAUGCUAACUAAAGUACCUUAACACUCAUUACCACUCAUUUCAUCCACAGCUGGUCAAACGACCAUUUCACCCAAAACCUGUGAGCCUGGGAUUCAAAAUCACUGAAGGCUGCACAAUCAACAGCUGCAAUCGAUGAGGAGAUAUAGAUUUGACAUGUAAUAAAAUCUAACGGACUGUCGUUUUCUUUCCAGAACAGUCUCAUAAGAUGAAUAAAGCAGGAGAAUGUGUUUGUCAGACAUAGUGUGCUGAUGUUAGAGGUUGGUAUUGUAUGGAACAGCAGGCUAGUGCAUGGUGGGGACUUGGUUUGGACAGUAACAGUGGAUUUACCAUUUUUUAUGUCAUCAACAUGAGGGGUUUGUAACAGGUAGCUGUUAUAACAGACAACAUGAGGGGUUUGUAACAGGUAGCUGUUAUAACAGACAACAUGAGGGGUUUGUAACAGGUAGCUGUUAUAACAGACAACAUGAGGGGUUUGUAACAGGUAGCUGUUAUAACAGACAACAUGAGGGGUUUGUAACAGGUAGCUGUUAUAACAGACAACAUGAGGGUUUGUAACAGGUAGCUGUUAUAACAGACAACAUGAGGGGUUUGUAACAGGUAGCUGUUAUAACAGACAACAUGAGGGGUUUGUAACAGGUAGCUGUUAUAACAGACAACAUGAGGGGUUUGUAACAGGUAGCUGUUAUAACAGACAACAUGAGGGUUUGUAACAGGUAGCUGUUAUAACAGACAACAUGAGGGGUUUGUAACAGGUAGCUGUUAUAACAGACAACAUGAGGGGUUUGUAACAGGUAGCUGUUAUAACAGACAACAUGAGGGGUUUGUAACAGGUAGCUGUUAUAACAGACAACAUGAGGGGUUUGUAACAGGUAGCUGUUAUAACAGACAACAUGAGGGGUUUGUAACAGGUAGCUGUUAUAACAGACAACAUGAGGGUUUGUAACAGGUAGCUGUUAUAACAGACAACAUGAGGGGUUUGUAACAGGUAGCUGUUAUAACAGACAACAUGAGGGGUUUGUAACAGGUAGCUGUUAUAACAGACAACAUGAGGGUUUGUAACAGGUAGCUGUUAUAACAGACAACAUGAGGGGUUUGUAACAGGUAGCUGUUAUAACAGACAACAUGAGGGGUUUGUAACAGGUAGCUGUUAUAACAGACAACAUGAGGGUUUGUAACAGGUAGCUGUUAUAACAGACAACAUGAGGGGUUUGUAACAGGUAGCUGUUAUAACAGACAACAUGAGGGUUUGUAACAGGUAGCUGUUAUAACAGACAACAUGAGGGGUUUGUAACAGGUAGCUGUUAUAACAGACAACAUGAGGGUUUGUAACAGGUAGCUGUUAUAACAGACAACAUGAGGGUUUGUAACAGGUAGCUGUUAUAACAGACAACAUGAGGGGUUUGUAACAGGUAGCUGUUAUAACAGACAACAUGAGGGGUUUGUAACAGGUAGCUGUUAUAACAGACAACAUGAGGGGUUUGUAACAGGUAGCUGUUAUAACAGACAACAUGAGGGUUUGUAACAGGUAGCUGUUAUAACAGACAACAUGAGGGGUUUGUAACAGGUAGCUGUUAUAACAGACAACAUGAGGGGUUUGUAACAGGUAGCUGUUAUAACAGACAACAUGAGGGGUUUGUAACAGGUAGCUGUUAUAACAGACAACAUGAGGGGUUUGUAACAGGUAGCUGUUAUAACAGACAACAUGAGGGGUUUGUAACAGGUAGCUGUUAUAACAGACAACAUGAGGGGUUUGUAACAGGUAGCUGUUAUAA